ACACCUUGUAGUGGUUGUGUAUAUAUAUACUCUCUCUAAUUCUCUAUAUAUGCAUGUCCCCGUUUGCCUCUGAUUCAUUCAUCUCUGACACAACAUACACAUCACUUCUUUCUUCAUCUUAUUGAUCUAGAUCGACCGACUCCUACCAUUCAGAAAUGGUGAAGAUCUGCUGUAUUGGAGCUGGAUAUGUCGGGGGUCCUACGAUGGCUGUGAUAGCACUUAAGUGCCCGGAUGUUCAGGUGGCUGUGGUUGAUAUUUCUGUGCCUCGCAUCAAUGCUUGGAACAGUGACCAGCUGCCAAUUUAUGAGCCGGGUCUUGAUGAUGUUGUGAAGCAAUGCCGAGGCAAGAACCUGUUCUUUAGCACCGAUGUGGAGAAGCAUGUGUGUGAGGCGGAUAUAGUUUUUGUUUCUGUUAAUACCCCUACCAAGACUCGAGGUCUUGGUGCCGGCAAAGCUGCAGAUCUGACUUACUGGGAAAGUGCGGCUCGUAUGAUAGCUGAUGUAUCAAAAUCGGACAAAAUUGUAGUCGAGAAAUCAACUGUCCCAGUGAAAACGGCCGAGGCUAUUGAAAAGAUCUUGACCCAUAACAGCAAGGGAAUUAACUUCCAAAUUCUCUCCAACCCGGAAUUUCUUGCAGAAGGAACUGCCAUUGAAGAUCUUUUUAAACCCGACAGGGUUCUCAUUGGUGGACGGGAAACCCCUGGAGGGCAGAAAGCAAUCCAAGCCUUGAAAGAUGUUUAUGCUCAUUGGGUCCCAGAACAAAAUAUCAUCACCACCAAUUUAUGGUCUGCAGAGCUCUCAAAGCUCGCUGCCAAUGCUUUCUUGGCACAGAGAAUCUCUUCUGUUAAUGCCAUGUCAGCUCUCUGUGAGGCUACAGGUGCAAAUGUUAGUCAGGUGGCUUAUGCUGUUGGAAAAGAUACUAGAAUCGGUCCAAAGUUCUUAAAUGCGAGUGUCGGAUUUGGUGGUUCUUGCUUCCAAAAGGAUAUCUUGAACCUGGUCUACAUCUGUGAAUGCAAUGGCCUACCUGAAGUCGCAGAAUACUGGAAACAAGUAAUCAAGAUCAACGAUUACCAAAAAUCCCGUUUUGUGAACCGUGUUGUAGCCUCUAUGUUUAACACAGUUUCCAACAAGAAGAUUGCCAUUCUUGGAUUUGCCUUCAAAAAAGACACAGGUGACACCCGUGAAACCCCUGCCAUUGAUGUCUGCAAGGGAUUGUUAGGCGAUAAGGCUUGUGUCAGCAUCUACGACCCACAAGUCACUGAGGAUCAGAUCCAAAGAGACUUGACCUUGAACAAGUUCGAUUGGGACCAUCCUCUUCACCUUCAGCCAAUGAGCCCAACUGCUGUGAAGCAAGUGGCUGUUGUUUGGGAUGCUUAUGAAGCCACCAAGGAUGCACAUGCCGUUUGCAUUUUGACCGAGUGGGAUGAGUUCAAAAGUCUAGACUACAAGAGGAUAUAUGAUAACAUGCAGAAACCAGCUUUCAUAUUUGAUGGAAGGAAUGUGGUUGACGUUGAGAAGAUGAGAGAGAUCGGAUUCAUUGUUUACUCGAUUGGUAAGCCACUGGAUGCUUGGCUCAAGGACAUGCCGGCUGUUGCCUAAACCCUUGGGGGUUAGUCAGUUGAAUUCUUUACUCAAUACUUUUGGGCUUCUGUUUCUUUUAUAUAGUUGAAAAGAGUGUUGCUAUAUCUGUUUAAGAAUAUUUUAUGUUUACCUUUAAUUUACUUUACAUUGUGUAACAGAUGAUAUUAUUGAAUUCUUGGGUUUGUAUAACCUAAUCUCAACCCCUUUUUUCUUCAA